AUGGCAUGGCUUCGAGGCAUACGUGUCUCGAUUGUUCCAAUCAGAAGACAUUCCGACGGCACAAGAGCAGUCCACGAACAGAAUAAGCGAGAAAGAAGUCUCCCUGAAUUUCCCCAUCCCGACUCCUGUUCAGUACGCCUUAUGGGCACGGACACGACAGAGCCGUUUCUCAACCAUUCUCCAUCUACCACACAGCUCAGCUCAGACAACAACUACUGUAUUCAACGUAAGGUACAUCCUAGAAUUUCAAUCUACGUCCCUUCAGAGCCAGGAACACAAUUUGCUGUUGACUGGGUCGUCGACCGUGUCCCAGCAUCCUCAAGCCACGUUUACUUUGUGCUCCUUCUCAACGGUCGCCGAAUGGUUUCAUGGGGCACCGAUGGCUCCAAGCUGAACGCCAACACAGGCACCGUUGAGUAUGGCUUAUUCGAACCGAGCAGCAGAUGGCGUUCCCUAGAGCAGGGUGUCGAACUCAAGCUCGAUGGCGUUGAGAAGAGAUACUUCUAUUUUUCGGCCAACACAAUCGGCACAUCUGUUGCUACAAACGGAGGGCUACUGGAGGUACAAGCUUUCAGAUCUAUGGGAAGACAAAGACAGGCUCCUCGCCCUGGCGAAUAUCGUGACCAAGUCGACUACGGCAUCACCCUGAAGGAGCUGAACCUUAUUCCUUGGUCUGAACGUCACGCAAGCACCGAUCUUCUCUUCCGCGGUGGCAAGUCCGACAUAUCAGGCGAGGUUGAAUCAACUAACAGCGACAAGGAUAGGUUUAAUUUCAGCCUGUCGGCUACUCAGAAGGCUCUUUGUUUUGAUAAUGGUAACACGGCGAGAGACAUGUCCCUUUUGCCACAGAAAUGGCUCGAUGGAGCCUCUCAAGAACUUAGAGCAUCGCAUACGCUUGACAUCUGCGAAGAGUUUCCGCCGGUGGUCGCACACCAAUACACACUGCCGCCUUACAAGACAUCUCAAAGCCCGGUCGAUCUUUACUUGCAGCGGCCGCUGCCGAUUCUGCCACCCCCAGAGAGCCACUCAAGGAAGUCAUCGGGGGGCGUCAAAAGCUUUGUCGAUCGCCUCAUCACUAUUACCCUUACAUUUGAUGACUAUAAUACAGUUGGACAACGCUGA